ACAUCAGUCCUUUAAGGGUUUCAAGAUGUUCAGGAGUGUUGCUUGUUUGGCGCUGGCUUUAUCAGGUUGGUGUGUGGGUGAGGAUGUCUUACCCCCGGGGCCUCUGAACGGCGCUGUGGCCGGCGCGGUGACGUUCACCACUACGCUCAAACCCCCUCAGAGUGUGUUCCUCUCAGUCCGCUGGAGCUUCAAAGACAACAACAUCAUCACCUCCACCAGCACUGAUAUCAUUGAUCCCAAGUACGCCAACCGGAUCUCCUUGGACCGCGCCACGGGGACCCUGGAGCUCAGGAACCUGGUGCUGGAGGACACCGGGGAGUACACCGUCACCAUCAUACCGGACGCGGGGCUCCCCAAACAGGGGAAGGCCACACUGAAUGUGUAUGCGCUGAUAACUGAAGCCACCAUCCGCAGCCCCGCAGCCGUCUUGAUAGAAGGCAAAAGCUCCACCAACCUCAGCUGCGAGGCCCUCGGCUCCAUCAGCACCAGAGAGUGGACGAAGGACGACCGGCCGCUCCUCCCGAGUGGGAGGGUGACCUUCUCCGCGAACAACAAGACGGUGUUCCUGCAGCCGGUUCACAGCUCCACCCGCGGCACCUACCAGUGUCGAGUCAGCAACCCGGUCAGCACCGUGACGGCGGCCCGAGAUCUCACUGUCAACUAUGGUCCACAUAACAUAUCGAUUAUUGGACCGUCAGAAGCAGCACCGGGCCAGAGAGUCGCACUGCAGUGCACAGCAGACUCCGUCCCACCAGCCAACUUCAGCUGGAUGUUCAACGGCAACGACACGCGUGUAAAUAACUCUGUGUACACCAUAGAGCGGUUUGAGGUACAACGCAUAGGGAAUUACACCUGCACUGCCAGAAAUAUGGUGACUAUGCUGGAAAACUCCACAGUUCUGAACCUGAGAGCAUCCUGCAGUGCUCCCCAGUGGUCGUAUUUAUUGCUUCUCAUCAGCGCAAUGAUUAGGAGUUAUAUCCGUAUUGAGGUUGUGGUUUUGCUGUUCUUUGAGUUUUCCACUAAAGCCCCGGCAAAGCAGAUCGACCUCUUCGUAACAACAAUGAAAACAUCCAGCAAAGCACUUCUCACAGUUCUGAAGAUGGUUUUUGUUUCAUUGAUAUCAGCACAACAAGUCAAAGUCCUGCCUGAAGUGAGGGGAUACCUCGGCCAAGAUGUCACCCUGCCGUGCCAAUUCAUCUCAGGGUCAAAAGACACCGUUGUGUCUCAUGAAUGGGAGCUCCAAACACCAGAAGGAAUGGAAAUCCAAAUUGCUGUUUCUAACAUCAGAUUAGGAGUUACUGUUCCAGACUCGUUUCGGAAGGGGAGAGUAGAGAUUAAAGAACAAUCUCUGAUAAUCCACAAAGUGGAAAUGAAAGAUGCAGGAAGUUACACCUGCACCAUUACAACCUUUCCUAGUGGUUCAUUUAAAGGAUCCACCCAGCUUCAUGUUCAAGAUGGCUCUGGAGGUCUUUCGGUUGGGGCCAUUGUUAGAAUAGUUAUCCUUUGUUUAGCAACUUCUUCUCUAGCAGCGGGUGGCGGCUACUAUAUUUAUAAGAAAAGAAUCAACAAGAACGAUACGCCCCGUCCAGAAAGUAACGUUAAAGAGUCACACCGGGGAGCUGAGUGGGCGGAGCCAAAUUUUCCCAGAACGGCUGUUGUUUGUACGACAGAACUAGAGGAAUCUGUGUACGAGAACACAUACAACGUACAUGACAACUGAAGAAAAACAACUCAAUCGUCUAUUCCUUAAAAAGCAGGCUACUUGAAAGACGAAGAGCUCUGCAAAAACAACAACAACAACGACAAAUUUAUUCCCAAAUAACCCGACAUCAGUGUUUUAAAGAGUCCGUCCGUGAAGAUACCGCCGCGUCGGGUGACACCUGCAGCUGCCACACCUCAUGAGGACCCGAUGGUUAACGUUAGCGUUACAGACACCUGACUGUUACCUGGUCAGUGAGAGGAGCAUUUUCAGGAUAAGAUUACAUAAAUCAGGCUUUUCGGUUACAUCUUCCGCCACAAACUAAAGACACACCUCUUCAGACUGUACCUUGACUAAAAAGACUAACAAAUUGUAGCACUUAAAUUGUACUUAUAAUGGCUCUUAUCUGUAACAAGAUGUAAAUCAGCUUAUUGAUGAAAUUGCGCAUUCUUGUUUCUUGUUCUUUUGAGUUUGUAUCCUCAUGGUUGAAAUGCACUUGUUGUAAAUUGCUUUGGAUAAAAGCGUCAGCUAAAUGACAUGUAAUGUAAUGUUUCACUGCUUCAAUUGAUCGAAAUUCUGAUUAUGAGUAAUAGAUAUUGAUCCGCCCAUACACAGAUUCACACACUUAUGCAAUUAACUUGUUUGCGAUACUUUGUCAGGCUCGUAGCCCUCACAGGGGGGCGGUUUCACUUGUUGCCAUGAUGAAUAAAUAAAAUAAUAAUAGAUGAAUAACUUACAUAAAAAUCCCAAUUGAGAUAAACCAUAGAAUGUGUCAAUUGAUACUGAAGUUUUAUGUAUAUUGAUGUGUAUUCAAUAAACACUUUAUGU